AUGGUUUCUCAGACAGCAACUGCGGCGGCCGCAUCAUCCGAGCCCAUCGUGGAUGUGGAGAUGGAAAGUGCAGAAGAUGCGGAAACGGCCAAAAAAGACGCCGAACUGCUUGCGGUCCAGGAAAUCCGUGACCAUGCACGACAGAUCGACAAGGCGGUCGUAAGUAAGGAGCCUCGCUUUAUUUUGCGCGUGCUGCGUUCGCUACCGACUACGCGCAGAAAGUUGGCCCUGGUCGUGGUACGAUCGCUGGCGGUGCAGCUCUAUCCAGCCGGAUCGGAACGGGACGGCAUAAUGGCGUACAUCGAGGACUAUCCGGUGGGUGCACAGGAACCGGAACUGCCACGUCCACGAGCCGCUAUUAAGAGCCCUUUGCCGGAGGUUGACGCUUACUUCCAUCUGUUGCUACUGGUGCGCCUACUGGACAAGAAUGAUCUGCCGAAGGCGACCAAAUGUUCGCAGGAUCUGAUGACGAAGAUUGUGGGUCAGAAUCGUCGGUCAUUGGAUCUAAUUGCCGCCAAGAGCUACUUCUAUCACUCCCGCGUAGCCGAGCUAAACAACGAUCUGGAAAGUAUUCGGUCAUUUUUACACUCCCGGCUGCGUACGGCCACUCUGCGGAAUGAUUUCGAGGGUCAGGCCGUGCUGAUUAAUUGUCUGCUGCGUAAUUAUCUGCACUACUCGCUGUACGACCAGGCCGACAAGCUGGUAAACAAGUCGGUUUUCCCGGAAACGGCCAGCAACAAUGAGUGCGCCCGGUUCCUUUACUAUCUGGGACGCAUCAAGGCGGCCAAACUGGAGUACAGUGUUGCCCACAAGCAGCUGGUACAGGCGUUAAGGAAAGCACCUCAACAGGCGGCGGUCGGUUUUCGCCAAACGGUGCAAAAGUUGGUGAUCGUCGUGGAGUUGCUGCUAGGCGAUAUUCCCGAGCGUAAGGUGUUCCGGCAGGCCGCCUUGCGACGUUCGCUCGGACCGUACUUCCAGCUUACGCAGGCUGUACGAAUGGGAAAUUUGCAGCGUUUCGGCGAAGUGUUGGAGAACUUUGGCGAGCAGUUCCGUCAGGAUCACACGUUCACACUGAUCAUACGUUUGCGUCAUAAUGUCAUCAAGACCGCUAUCCGUUCGAUUGGUCUAGCGUACUCGCGCAUCAGCCCGCAGGAUAUAGCUCGCAAGCUGGGACUGGACUCACCAGAAGAUGCGGAAUUCAUCGUUGCGAAAGCGAUCCGCGACGGUGUUAUCGAAGCGACGCUCGAUCCCGAGAAGGGUUAUAUGCGCAGCAAGGAAAGCACCGACAUUUACUCCACCCGUGAACCUCAGCUCGCUUUCCAUCAGCGUAUUUCGUUCUGUUUGGAUCUGCACAACCAGAGCGUGAAGGCGAUGCGAUACCCACCCAAGUCGUAUGGGAAGGAACUGGAAAGCGCCGAGGAGAGAAGGGAACGGGAGCAGCAGGAUUUGGAGCUGGCAAAGGAGAUGGCCGAGGAGGAUGACGAUGGAUUUUAAGCGCAUCAG